AUGGCACACGUACAGGACUAUGGGCCAGCCGCCCCUCAUGGCCCUGACAUGAGUGGUACUCAUGAUCCUCUGCAUACUUUGACCGACAACGAAAGGCAGAUCUUCGACUACCUUCUCAAGCCUGACGAUUCCUACACUGAGAAUGGUGUUUACUGGGCAGACCUCAAUCCUCUUUCACGCAUCAAGUUUGUCACCAGCUACGAUGCCAAAGAGGCCGCACGAGAAUUUGGCAGCACCUGGGCAAUGUUCAAGCGCGAUCCACUAGCUCCUUUUGGAUACUAUGUUCGAAACAUGGUUAUACCAGGUGCUGGCCUUGGUUUAGAGGGAUACGUGCUUUUCUCCAUCGGCAACCUGACGCCGCUCUUCAAAUCCGCGUUUUCUUCGUGCUGGAAGAAGUACCAGACAUGUAACAAGACUUGGGUUCAGGCUGUCGAUUACCUCGAGGUUUGCGGUAUCAUUGUCGGUCAGAUCCUUGUUGGUAUCCUUGGUGACUGGCUCGGUCGGCGAUGGGGUCUCAUACAGGAUGCAACCAUCAUGUUCAUCGGGCUGCUUAUGCUUACUGCGGCUUGGGGUGUCACAGAAAACGGCUGGGUCAUCUGCUACGUCUGGAGUCUUUUCUUCUACGGAAUCGGUGUAGGCGGAGAGUAUCCUAUGACCGCUACGUCUGGCAUGGAGAAUGCUGUUGGUUCCGGUAAAGUCUCCACGAAGGACGAUCGUUUGCAUCGUGGCCGCAAGGUCACGAGUGCUUUCUUGAUGCAGGGAUGGGGUCAAUUGGCUAAUCAAGUGAUUCUCAUCGUCGCGCUACUUGUCUUCCACCACGGCUCUGGCAAUCCACCUUACUCGAAAGUCGCAGCCCAGUGGACCUACCGCAUGUCGUUUGCUAUUCCUGCAAUAGGCACCUUAUGGCUGGUCUAUUUCAGAGUGUUUAAAAUGAAAUCUGCUGGCAAGCAGUUAAUGGCCGCGAAGCGCAAGCAAAAGGUGACGGGCUACGAUGUUUACUCGCUGAAAAUGACGUUCACCUACUUUGGUCCCCGCAUGAUCGCGACCGCUGGGGGUUGGUUCGCAAAUGACGUCUUCUUCUAUGGCAACAAGCUCUUUCAGAGCGAAUUCAUCAGCGUGGUGACCAACAAUACGACGUCAAUCAUGCCUGGCUGGUUAUACAAUCUUAUUAACGUUGGCGUCUCCCUCGUGGGAUACUACAUGGCUUCAUUCCUGAUCGACAACAAGCUCUAUGGUCGCAAGUGGAUGCAAAUGGUUGGCUUUACCAUGGACUUCAUCCUUUUUGUCGUGCCAGGUUUCAAGUUCGACUACUAUAAGUCGAAGCCGCACAUUGGCGAGUUCCAAGCCAUGUACUUUCUCUCUUCGUUCUUCAACCAAUUUGGACCCAACGCAGUGACCUUCUUGGUCGCAGCUGAAGUAUAUCCAACCCCGAUUCGCGCCACAGCACAUGGUUUUUCAGCAGCAUGCGGUAAGCUUGGCGCCUUGCUCGCAGCUGUGAUGGGUAAUUACGUCACGACCAAAGAGAAGUUCCAUAUUGUGCCUUGGUUCGGUCUUGGGGGCAUGCUUGUCACCCUGCUCUUCUUGCCCGAUACUACCGGCCUCGACUUGAAGGAGCAAGAACGCCGCUGGCAAUUCAUCCGCGCGGGGCGAGAACACGAUUAUCAUGGAGUCGCCAUCCACCCCAAGCAUCUCUCUUGGUGGGAACGGUUCCGAGGUGUUGGGAAGUACUACGAUGCAGACCUGGAUUACCGCCAGAGGAUCGAGGAGAUGCGCCAUGAUUGGGAAGAAAGUCAAGCUCGAAAAGCAGAUGAGAAGGGACAUUUGGAUGACGUCGAUCAUGACGACGAUGACUUCUCCAGUGACGUGUCUACUUUCUUUGAAAAGACGAGGAAUAGCCCAAAUAUUCAAGGGCAGGAGAAGUAUCCUCCAUCAAACGGGGGGUUGGAUGAAAAGACACUUUGA